AUGGCUUCCUCCUUUUCCAUGCCUCUGCUGGUGAAAGACGAAGAGCCGAGAAACUGGUCGGAGCUUCCGCCGGAGCUGACGUCUUCAAUCAUGCUCCGCCUUGGUGUGGUUGAGAUACUUGAAAACGCUCAGAAGGUUUGCAGAGCGUGGAGACGUGCCUCUAAGGAACCCUCUAUGUGGCGAAAAUCCACAUGCAAAACGGCUAUUUAUAUGACGAAGAUCGAGGAUCGAUUAGUGAUUCCUACUUGGUUAAAAUGUGCCGUAAUGCCGUUGAUCGUAGUGAGGGUGGUUUGGUCGAAAUCAUCAUUGGCAACUUCGGGACCGAUUCUCUCCUCCACUACAUCGCCAACAGAAAAGUGGCGUUGA